AUUCCAUCUCACAGCAUCUGCUGCGUUUCCUUCCGCGACCACGAGAACGUCGUCCCAGCAGGACAGUCAUGCAUUGAACUUGCCAUACACUUUGAGAACGGCAUUUUUCUUCAUACCAUCUCCAGACCUCGACGGUCUUCCUUGCCAUCAAAAUGUUGGCGCCCACUCGUUACAGAGCUUCAUUUCUUCUCCUUGCAUUUCCCUUCAUAUUCUUCAUACUUUUCUACACACAUCGCGAGUCUCUGCUUUCAGUACAGGAGCUCCUUCACACGAAACCAAGCCCGAAUGAGCCGCCGGCCGCUCAUUACGACUCUGCCUUCAUUCAUGAGUCCAAGCUUGAAGGCACACGACCAGAUCACUCUUCUUUACCUGUCGUCAACCCCGUUCCGAUACUCUUCGAUGAAUCGAGGGCUCCUCCACCCAUAUACACAGCUCCGGUAGCGCCCUCAGCUUCAGACUCCUCACCUGACCCUCACACCCAACCCUCCAACUCCCUACCACAUACCACCCUCUCCCCCUCCACUCCCUCUCCCUCCCCGGCCUUCGACUCUACCUCCCCACCCUGCCUCGCUCUCUCCCCUCUCGCCCAAG